UGUUUGAUUAUCAUCGUCGAGGUAGCACCCCGCUAAAGCCGCGCACAGCGGUUGGGGACGAGGAAGGGGCACAGCCCGUCGUUGAUAUUGAAGUUUUUGAUAGUAGUGGAGAGCUUCCUAAGCAGACCCAGCCCCUGGUUAAUGGCACUAGCGUCCGCAGCCAGAGGCGUCUUCACUCUGGGGUUUUCAUUAUAGGCGUCGCUGGCGGAACAGCAUCGGGCAAGACCACGGUCUGCCAUCGAAUUCUGCAGCGGUUACAUGACAGCUGCGUUGUCAUGCUUUCCCAAGACUCGUUUUACCGCUGUCUUACCGACGAGGAGCGCGCCAACGUGGACACGUUCAACUUUGACCACCCGGAUGCUUUCGACAAAGAUCUGCUGCUGAAGACACUACGGCAGCUGCGGGAGGGCCGCCCCGCGGAGGUGCCCUGCUACGACUUCUCCCGCCACUCCCGCUGCGAGGAGUCGCGGCUGACGGGCCCCGCGGACGUGAUCGUGCUGGAGGGCAUCCUGGUGCUGGCCAUGCCGGAGGUGCGCGAGAUGUGCAACAUGAAGGUAUUCGUGGACACAGACGACGACCUGCGCCUGGCUCGCCGCAUCGGCCGGGACGUGCAGUCGCGGGGGCGAGACGUCGCGGGCGUGCUGAAGCAGUACACGGAGUUCGUGAAGCCCAUGUUCGACCAGUUCGUAGCGCCCAGCAGGCGGCAUGCGGACGUCAUCAUACCCUGGGGCAAGGACGACAACUCUGUCGCCAUCGACCUGAUCGUGGAGCACAUCCGCACCAAGCUGCAGCAGCCCGAGCUCUGCCGCAUCUACCGCAAUCUGCAGCUCAUCCCCAGCAACUUCCAGAUCCAGGGAAUGCACACCAUCAUACGAGACCGACAGACCAGCAAAAGACUUUGUGUUCUACGCCGACCGCCUGAACCGGCUGGUUGUGGAGGCGGGGCUGGGCCACCUGCCCUUCACCGAGACCUGCGUCACCACCCCCGCGGGACACCCCUACUGCGGAGUCGCCUUUGCGCGCAAGCUGUGCGGCGUCAGCAUCAUCCGCAGCGGGGAGGCCAUGGAGGCGGCGCUGCGGGCCUGCUGCAAGGGAAUCAAGAUCGGGAAGAUCCUGGUGCACAGGCAGCACAGCGACAGCAGCGAGGUGAUCUACGAGAAGCUGCCGGCCGACAUCAGCGAGCGGCACGUGCUGCUGCUGGACCCGCUGCUCAGCACCGGGCACACGGCAGUAAAGGCAAUCCAGGUGCUCAAGGACCGCGGGGUGCAGGAGGAGCGCAUCCUCUUCCUCACCAUCAUCGCGGCACCCGAGGGCAUCGUCAAGGUGUGCAGCACCUUCCCCUCCGUGCGGCUGCUGACCAGCGAGAUCGACGACCGCCUCACGGAGGACUACUGCCUGGUGCCGGGGGCGGGCAACUACGGGGACCGCUACUUCUGCGAGUGAGCGACCCUGUGCGUCAUGCUGGCUCGCCGCCUGGCCGGAAGGGGAGGGGUGCGGGAACGCGCGCCCUGCCGCCGCUGCCACCGCCGCUACUGAGACUCCUGGCGAUUGGCGAGGGCUGUACCUGGUAAUCGGGGUGCAUUACAGGAGGGAGAUGGUUCAUCUCUCCGCAGCGCAGCGAGGGUGUCAGGAAGGCGCCUGCAGGAAAGGCAUUUGGUAGUCACAGCACACACAGAGCCAACUGACGAGACUGGUGUAAAUAACUAGAUCUGGGGGGGCAGUUAUUGCAGGCGGUUUGCAGGAAAUGGGUAUUGCGUACAGGUGUCUGGUGUGCAUGGAAUGGGCAGUGAUCAGUGUCUAGGCUUGCAUGCUAGGAGUUGAGUGUAGGGUGUUUGAACCCCGUUUUGCGGCACUGCAAGUGAUUGUGCGUGCGCUGGGAGGUGGUGCGGGGCUGGGAGAGGCUGACUGCACGAUACCAGCGCUGCGACUGGAUCCCCUGGCGUGGCGAGGGGCAGGAGGUUGCUUUUUGCUUUUUGCACAUGCUUCAUCCAUACCGUUCGGUACAUCAUAUCUCGCAUCCGGGUGUUACUUAUGCUCGACUUGUGGAUGGGUUACGCGCAGAAGGUUGAGCUAAUGCCGAGUCUAAAGGCAGGGCUUACGUAAUGGGGACAAGGGGGACUGUUUGUUUCAAGGUGUAGGUGCUCUCGGGUAGCGAAAAGUGUGUGGAGUGUGUAAACGUAGGGUUUGAAAUGAGCCCCUUGCGCUGCCGCUAGUAGGGCUGAUACCAGACACGCCGGCCGUAUCAGUAUUGCUGACUAAGUCGCUAAAUCGGUUUCUUACGUACGGCGCGUGCUUCAUGCGGGGUCAAAGUACGGGGGGCUCGGGGAUGUGCCGGGCGUUAUUGUCUUGCUAUUGUUCGCUGGCGAAAUGAUCUCUUCAUCCGCUGCUGCUGGGAAUUGCAUCUGCACGUGCCGCCUUUACACUUUGUUUGCUAUAACAGAGGGCCCUUUGUAGGUGCGUGUAACGUCUGUGUCGACGUGUUUUUAGCUUCGUGCAGAGGGCAGUGGAUUCCUUUAUUGUUCGAUUGUUUAAGGCCACGUCCAUUUCUGAUGGCGGCCAGACCCAUGGGCCACCUGUUCAGAUGGACAUCUGGUUGAUAGCUUGCGUUGCGUAUGAAGGUCUGCGGUAGGCAUCCAGCUGUACCACCUACCCGGUAUGUCAUCAUACCAUCCAGCGCGUUGCGCUGUCGCUCUCUUCAUACUGUAACAUCUCACUGCAGG